UAUACGCCACAGAUGGCAGCACCGCGAUUACGUUUUCGAGACUUCCGUCGCGUGCACGGAAUUACUGCCGCCGAAAGACGUACACGAAGAGCGCCAAGUAAGAUGUUCCGCGUGGGAAAUGUUCAGCAGAAGCAAUUAUUGUGUUGCAUGUUUGUCUCGCUCGUGAUGAAAGGCGGGACCCAGGCGUGCCCGCGGCCCAAACAGCGAUAGCGCGGCGAUAACCCCGCUGGCGGCGGCCUCUGGCUGAGACCCGCGCAGUCGAGGCAGGUCGGGGCAGGUCGGGGCAGGUCCAGACAGGUCCAGACAUGUCCGCUGCGGUGACGCACUCUCCGCCCAGGACCUGGGGAAUGCCGUGAUCAUGCUGGGAGCCACGCUGCUUCUGACGGCGCAGAGGACGCUGCUGGUGUACCUGUUCUACGUGGUGCUCUACAAGGCCCUGGACGUCGCCUUGCGGGUUCACCGGCCCGACGUGGACGACGCCGGGGGCAGGGUGCGAGACCUGGAGGACCUGGGCAGGCACCUCCGCCGGAGCUACGACUUCGUGGUGGUGGGCGCCGGGUCGACGGGCUGCGUCGUGGCCAACCGCCUGUCCGAGGAGAGGAGCUGGAGCGUGCUGCUGCUGGAGGCCGGCGGGGACGAGACCCUGGUGGGGCAGGUGCCCUUCAUGGUCACCACCUACCAGAGGACCUCCACGGACUGGCGGUACAGGACGGAGGCCGACCCAGGCUUCUGCCGGGCCAUGCUCGACGGCCGGUGCCUCUGGCCCAGGGGCAAGGUGCUCGGGGGAACCAGCGCCAUCAACGGCAUGCUGUACGUCCGCGGCAACCGCAGGGACUACGACAACUGGCAGCGCCUGGGCAACGAGGGCUGGGCCUACGACGACGUCCUCCCGUACUUCAAGAAGUCCGAGGACAUGAAGGUCGACGGUCUGAGGGAUUCCCCGUACCACGGCACGGGCGGGUACCUCAGCGUGGAGUUGUUCAGGUACUACAGUCCGCUGAUGGAGUUUCUCGUCCGAGGGAUCGAGGAGUUGGGGUUCCCGGUGCGGGACAUCAAUGGCGAAAGUCAAACAGGGUUCAUGUACAGUUAUGGCACGCUGAGGAAUGGGUUUCGCUGCAGCUCUGCGAGGGCAUUCCUGCGGCCUGUGAAAGAUCGCCGUAAUCUCGACGUCAGCAUGAACUCCCACGUGGAGCGAGUGGUUAUCGACCCUCGCACCAGAACUGCACGGGGAGUGGAGUUCCUGAAACACGGUCGCCGCCACAUGGUCACCGCGCUGAAAGAAGUGGUCAUCUGUGCCGGUGCCAUCAACUCUCCUCAGCUCCUGAUGCUGUCUGGAAUCGGACCGGUGCACCACCUCAAAGAAGUCGGAGUCUCUCCUGUGAUAUCCAACUUGAAUGUCGGGGGCAAUCUUCAGGACCACAUUUGUGCUGGCGGAAUUGCAUACACCAUUGAAGUUCCACUGGGCAUCACUCUGCUUUCGCUAUUGAAUGUAUCUCUAUUUACUGACAUGCUACUCAAUAGCAAUGGGAUGUUAAUGAACAUACCCAUCGCCCAUGUCAUUGGUUUUCAAAGUUCUUCUAUUGCUGACAGCCAAGAUCAUCCUGACAUUGGGUACUAUUUGGGGCCAUCAGCAGACAAUGUCGAUAGAGGUGUUGCUUUGCAGUACAUUGCUGGCUACACGGACGAAUUUUACAAAAAGGUGUACGAGCAUAUUCUUUUCAAGGAUGCGUUUCUUUCUUGGGGUUGCCUUCUCAGGCCCAAAAGUCGUGGUUACAUUCGAUUGAAGGACGACAAUCCCAAGUCGCACCCGCUGAUCUACCCCGAGUACUUGAGGCAUCCCGACGACGUGAAGAUCUUGGUGGAGGCUGCGAAGUUGAGUCACAGGCUGAGCCAGACGACUCCCUUGAGGAAGAUCGGUGCCAGGGUGAACCCCAACAAGUUCCCCGGCUGCGAGCACCUGGAGAUGUUGUCCGACGAGUACUUGGAGUGUGCGCUGCGCACGUACCCUUUCACCCUGUGGCACUUCUCGGGCACGUGCAAGAUGGGCCCAGGAACCGACCCAGACGCCGUGGUCGACCCCAGACUGAGGGUGUACGGCGUGCGGGGGCUGAGGGUGGCCGAUGCCUCCAUCAUGCCGGACGUCGUCAGCGGCAACCUGAACGUUCCCUGCAUCAUGAUCGGCGAGAAGGUGUCCGACAUGAUCAAGGAGGACUGGUUCGAGUUCUUUCACAAACGUAGAUUUUAUGAAUAACGAUGAUUUUUAAUUCUGUGCUGCGGUGAUGAAACAAUUGUGUUUUAUAAGUUUAAUUCUGUUCGUACUAUCGUUCAGUUCACGGGUAAGUUUUUUUUAAAGUAACUCUUUAAGCUUUAUUUAUAAUUUUGAGUAAAAUAAAACCAUCAAAUUACGAUUUCUAUAUUAAUAUUGUUUUCAUGACUAAUCACUUGCAAGUAUUCGCUCAUGUUAAGAGUUGGAAUAGUGCAGGGCAUGUGAUGAGUAAUGGAAUACGUGUUUUGGAUAUUUUGAGAAACUACAUGUUACUCAAUAUAAUUGUAAAACUGUUAAUUUUUGUAAAUAAUGAUUGAUGAGAUCGAUAUUCGUCAUGGUUUUAGUACUUGAUCGAUGCAAAAAAAAAAUAACUUUAGUGUAAAAAUAUUAAUUUCAAUAAAUAUGGUAGAAAGUCCUUAAAAAAUGUUAAAUUCCUCAACAAUUCAGCCUCUAGUAUAACGAUGAUGACAUAUGGACCAUCAUCUUGAAAAUUCGUAAUAAUUAACCUAGAAAUUCGGGAAAAAUUCCAAAAAAAUUUUUUAAAAAAAUUUGCAAUUAAUAUAGGCUACUGAUUGAUUCGAUCGAUUCCUGUCCGUAGUUCGAUUCACACUCAGUGGGUGAUAAAAUUAUCUAAAACUUAAAAUAGAUAUUUAAAUUCUGUUUCAUUUUACCUUUUGUGGAGAUUAUUAAGCAUUCUCUCAACGAAAAACAAUACUAAACAAGAUACCCAUCCAAAAAUUAAAUAAAUUGUCACUAUGCCUAACAUGGAAGUCUAUUUUUUUUUUCGAUACUUGGAAUACCUUUCAACCUAAGUCUUGUACAAUGUUAGGUGUAAAGUCCAAGUGUAUCCGGAUCACGAGACCAGGUCACAUACAAUGUCAGACGUAUAGGCCAAACGUCUUCGAACUGCAAGACCUUCGUCGAUAGCUAUACAUAACAUAUUUCCAGCAGUCAAGACAAAGUCUUCGAACUGUCAGGCCUAAAGAAUCGAUAAAAUCAAUUAUAAGCAAUUAGACAAAUGGAACAUGUUUCAUGCUUACUAAAGGACCAAGAAUCCCUGAAAAAAUGAUUUAUCAAGACCAAGAGGUUUUUAACCAGUAAAUAUUCAGAGCUACUGCAGAUUUGACUACGCACAUUCAACGAAACGACACCCAUUCAACAAAAGAAAA